CUGGGUAGGACUUCCUAGGUCGGCCAUAUUUAAUCGUCCUGGCUGAAGGAUAUAGGGGAGAUGAAGGGGAUUCGGGGAAUAAGUAAGCUGUCGAGACGCUUCUAUGCGGCCACCCGAACAGAGCAGCCCUUGACUCAGCCUCUGUCAGGCAUCAAGGUCUCCACAGGGGCUGCCCAUUCAUACCAGGACGUCCAUGUGACCAAACUGCCCAGCGGUCUGAUGAUAGCCUCGUUGGACAACUAUUUCCCAGCUUCCAGGAUCGGUGUGUUUGUGAAGGCUGGCUGUCGCUAUGAGUCCCCAGAGAACCAGGGAGUCACCCACCUGCUCCGUCUGGCUGCCAACCUGACUACCAAAGGUGCUUCAGCCUUCAGGAUCUGUCGUGGUGUGGAGGCAGUGGGAGGCAGUCUAGGCGUGACGUCAUCCAGAGAGAACAUGAUCUACUCUGUUGACUGUCUCAGAGACCACAUUGACACGGUGAUGGAGUAUCUGAUCAAUGUGACCACAGCCCCAGAGUUCAGGCCGUGGGAGGUGUCGGACCUCACCCCCAGGGUCAAGAUGGACAAGGCCCUAGCCGCACAGACCCCCCAGAUGGGUGUGAUUGAGGGUGUACAUGGAGCUGCUUACAAGAACGCUCUGUCCAACUCCCUCUACUGCCCAGACUACAUGGUUGGCCAGGUCAAUGCUGACCAUAUGCACAAUUUUAUCCAGAACAAUUUCACAAGUGCAAGAAUGGCUCUGGUUGGGCUUGGUGUGGACCACAAUGUUCUGAAGCAGGUGGGAGAGCAGUUCCUCAACAUCCGCAGUGGGAUGGGCACCGCUGGGACAAAGGCUCAGUACCGCGGUGGCGAGGUGCGUGUGCAGAACGGGUCCAGCCUGGUGCACUCUGUGGUGGUGUCUGAGGGGGCUGCGGUGGGCACAGACGAGGCUAUGGCCUUCUCUGUACUACAGCACGUACUGGGGGCGGGGCCACACGUCAAGAGAGGCUCCAACCCCACCUCCAAACUCUUCCAGGGCGUCGCUAAGGCUACUGCAGACCCCUUCGACGCCUCUGCUUUCAAUUCCAACUACUCUGACUCUGGCCUGUUUGGAGUCUACACCAUCUCCCAGUCUGCAGCAGCUGGUGACGUGAUCAAGGCAGCUAUUAGCCAGGUGAAGGCUGUUACAGGAGGAGUCUCAGAAGCUGACCUGACCCGCGCCAAGACCCAGCUGAAGGCUGAGUACCUGAUGUCGUUGGAGAGCUCCGAGGGUUUGUUAGACGCCAUGGGUUUACAGGCUCUGUCUGGAGGGGUCUACCACUCCCCCGAGGCCAUCGCACAGAAGAUCGACUCCGUCUCCGCAACUGAUGUCGCCAACGCUGCAAAUAAGUUUGUGUCGGGCAAGAAGUCCAUGGCUUCCAGUGGAAACCUCAUCAAGACGCCCUUCGUUGACGAGAUCUAAAGCCUUUCAACUGUGUUUCACAUGUGAUUUUAAGUCACAACAAAGCCCUCUGUCCAUUCAAAACAAACAAACUGAAACAGUCAUUAUCCUAAUUGCGUCAUUGUUCUUUUGAGGAAGUUGUUGUA